AGAUGGAAAACUCCAAGAAAGGAGGUGUUCCAAUGACUAAAGGAACCGUUUUGGACAAAUCGCAAGCUCCCUCUGAGGACCGAGAGAUAAAGCAAAUGGAAGGAGUUCCAUAUGCUUCAGCGAUUGGUUCUAUCAUGUAUGCUAUGGUAUGUACUCGACCAGACGUCUCGUAUGCUUUGAGCAUGACCAGCCGUUACCAGCAGAACCCUGGGGUUGCCCACUGGACUGCAGUUAAGAACAUCCUUAAGUACUUGAGAAGGACAAAAGAUAUGUUCUUGAUAUUUGGAGGAGUCAAUGAGGAGCUCACAGUAAAAUGUUACACUGAUGCUAGUUUUCAAACUGAUCGAGAUACCUCUCGCUCACAAACGGGUUUCGUGUUCACUCUCAACGGAGGAGCUGUCUCAUGGAAAAGCUCCAAGCAGAGUGUUGUAGCUGAUUCUACCACGGAAUCUGAGUACAUUGCCGCAUCAGAUGCCGCAAAGGAAGCUGCUUGGAUGAAGAAGUUCAUAACCGAUCUCGAUGUGGUUCCAAGUAUCAUGAAACCCAUCCAGAUAUUUUGUGAUAACACAGGUGCUAUUGCUCAAGCCAAGGAGCCUAGAUCACAUCACAAAGCCAAGCACAUUUUGAGAAAAUUUCACUACAUACGUGAGAUUGUGGAACGUGGAGACAUCGUUAUAAGCAAAAUUGACACAGAUCAAAACUUAGCUGACCCAUUUACUAAGCCAAUGACUCAAGAGAAACAUGACCGUCAUAUGGAUGCUAUUGGGCUUAGAUUAGCUAGUGAAAUGUUUUGAUUUAGUAUUUGGAUGUACGAACAUCAAACAGUUGUAUUCCUGUAUUCAUUUUGAUUUACUAGUUAAAUGCAAUUCUUGAAUCCUACAACUGUGUUCGAUUUUGAUACGUUUAAUCCGUGAAUCUUGUAUUCUAAAUUAUCCGUAGUCGAUCAGACUCGUGGGAACGACUCUGAAUUAAGACUAUUCUGAUUUUGGACUCAAGGAAUUGACUUCCAAAUUCACAGGCUUCAUUAUGAAUGAUGCUGGAUGUAACUCGCAUCAAAUCAUCUUCAUGGAUCUUAGUCAUAAGAUGUUUUGAUUUGGGCAUACUCAUUUAGUAUCCUCUGACCUGAGAUACAUACUAGAACUUCCGUUUACU